GUGAUAAUGCCGAACUCGUUCGUCCUCAGAUUGUGAGUUGAAGAAAGGUUGAGGCUCUUUCAGAAUGGCAUCGCAGACUAUGUGGAGACUAGCGCUGAUAACUACCAUUCUUUCUUCUCGGCUGGACUCUUCAAAGCCCACCGUUUGUAUCAUUUUUGUUGCUAGGUGAACUAUCAUUUCAAAGAAUUACUGUACAUAAUGUGUUCCAGAUCUCAAGUGGGGAAGCGACUUGUCUCCAGCCACAGUGACAGAUCAGCCUACUUCUUACAGGUGGAGUACAAUGCCGCCGAUACCUUCAGCCACGGCCCCCAAGAGGCUUCUAGUAGAACCCCAGUUUUUGAGUACUCGGAGAACCAUAUCUGUGGUUUCGGUGAAAGCUACGGAGCCUCAAACAAGCGCCGUCGACCAAAUUUGCCUCUUUGGCCAAGUGAUGGGUCCGGACACCUGACCCAGGAAACAUUCGAACCAUCUUACAUUACCCCUCAACCCCAGGAACGAAGUGACUGUGUUUCUUGGUAUAAUCUAGUCUAUUCUAGCAGCACAGCCAUAUCUCAAGAUCACGCACUCAUGUCGUCAAACUCGGGGAACCUCCUAUCCUCACGUAAUUCCUCGUCAAUACCACAACAGCCUCGCCAUGUCUCCCCGACUCGUCAUGGAAACCCCGCCAGCAAUGGAACACAGCAAAUGGAGGGCUUUCAAAGAUCUCUUCCUCAGAGAUCAAAUAAGAUUCUGAGUAUGAGUAGCGAAGGAGAGGUACCUAGCGGUACAUCAAUAACAAACACAUCAUCACUUUCAACGACCGACUUAGUCAGAAAUGGUGAUAAUUUCAGCCAUAAUUCUUGGGAUAUGGUGGAAGAAGAACAAGAAUAUACUACACAAGGGCUAUUUUCAGACUUGAGAGGAACCUUCAGGCCUAUUGAUCAGGAUUGGAUGUUGGAAAACGGUCCGUGGGUGUCAGGUCUUGGUCUGGGACACACAAACAAUGCGCCAUGUUUGUCUGAGAACAUUGAUUUGGACAUUUCCUUGGACCACCAGGACCAUACAGACUCAAAGUUAGUGAACUUCCAAUCUAGUGGGUCUAAUGCGAACGCCACUUGGAACUCCAGUGUCGUCGUUUCUCAGAACUGCAGUCAGGCACCCACCUCUCAGUGGCCAGGCUACAGUGUAAUAACACAUCCUCAAGAGGAACCCGGAGGGACAUCAUAUAUUCUGCAGAAUGGAUCCAACAAUCAUUCCUCCAAUACCUCGACAUUCGACCGGGAGUUCACACCCAGUAGCUCUACGGGAGAAAAUAGUUACUCACUCGAGAUUGCCGAGCCCCGUAAGAAUAUGAGCUCCACAAAAAUGAACCAAAUAAAUACUGACGAUCUACUAAGAACCAUGGCAUCCGGCAGAAAGAUAUGAAAACUUCGCGAAAACUGGGACAAAAAGACCCAAUGUACUCUUCGACACGCUAGGCGGGCGCUUUCUAGAAGAUGAAACUGGUCGGCGGGAGAACACAAGAGUACCUGUUGCUCCUCAAACUCCUUAUUCACUUCCAUUUAACCCAAAAUCAAAUCAGAAUAACGAAAUUAAUUUUGUGACACCUUCAAAUGAGACAGCUCAUGGUAUUGACGAAGGAGCCAUCUUUUCACUUAGAGGAUCCCUCAAUAAUCAGUCAAAUUCGUGGAUAAGAGAAGUAUCCAAAUCACCUAACAUUAGUCAUAUUCGAGUUGGCAGUCGAUCUACCAGCAGAAACUCCAACCCCUCACAAAACGCAAGCUUCAAAUCCCCAGGCAUGCUUCUUCUCGAAGAUACUCCAGAGCUUCGAGAAUAUCUGUCCAAGUCGAAGAAAACCUCAAAACAUAUUAGGAUUGAUGGGCCAGAACACUCUCCACUGGGUGAUAUGCACAAUUGGGACAACACGUUUGUCAAGAAAGAGUCAGGUUUCACAGAUGCUAAGAACCUAUUGCAAAGAAAGGUUGCUAAGCGGAAACUAGGUCGAAGAACCGGUCCAUUGGAGAAGGCAAAAAGAGAAAAGGCUAGCGAGAUGCGAAAGGAGAAGGCAUGUUUGUGUUGCAGAAUUUCCAAAGCUACGGUACGCGUCUAAAUCCACUUCUUACACAUUUGACUGACCCCACAUAGUGUAGUAAAGGGUUAACUUGCGCUCGCUGCGAGAAGCAAAUGGUUCUGCUGCCCAACUUAAUCUGUUGCAGACUUCAUCUCAAAGAUUACACAAGGCUCUUCUUACCAGGUCAGUAUGAGAAGACAAAAGGUUGGCGAGCCGUCGGCUGAACUUCUAUAGAACAAAUGGUUCGCCCAUUCCUAAAAUCGGCGAUUGAUAAACUCGAGGCCAAUGAAGUACCGGUACUUGGUUGUAGCCACAUCGAAUUCGCUGUGUCAUCCGGUCCAGAUUAUCCAGACAUUCACCUCAGAGUUCACACCUUGCGUAGCGAUUCUGGAUUCUUCAAGUGCGACAGUGUAUUCGAACCUCUCCCUCUAAGAAUUGCUCGCCAGGUUUCCAUACAAGAACUCAAGAACACGCUUUGUAAGCAUAUAGGAGAUGUUAUUCGGCAUCAACGAAAUUAUGGCGAAGUAGUAUAUGACAACACAUCUCAAUUGGCUUGGGAUGUACACGAGGCUAUAUGGAACUACGCCAAGUCGGCCCCUGAGGUGGGUUCUCCCUUCCGCGCCCCUCUUCCUGGUUCAAGGACUAAUCAUCUAACUAGAAUAAAUUUCUCCAAAAACUAUUGAGUCUGUACGCAAUGCAGUACUUUAUGGCAACGUCCCUAGUGGUAUCACCAAACUACUCUGCUCGAAACAUGAAUGGCCCAUUGACAUACGACUCACGUUCACCCAAUCUGCGCAUGGUCAACAGGCAGCUCAAGCAUGUAAUGCUGGAGCUGCUUCAAGACACAUACACUGAGGUAUUGGAUGAAUUGGAGAAUCAAUUCCGACAAAAGCCAAACAAAUAUAAGUUGUGGGCCCCUUCCUUUUCUGCAAUCCUGGUUCUAAAUAUGUGUACGGAGAUGGUGCAAAUAAACACUGAUUUUCGCAUUGUCAAUGCUGUAAGUGACAUGCAAAAAUCGCCCACUGGACUGGAUAGAAAUGGAAACAAGGCCUCACGAGAGGCUAGUGAGAACCUUUGCCGAGAACUUGACGACAAGGCACUCAGAAGUGCCGAGAGUGGGUUCCACUUGGUAUACAAUAAGCAAUCAAAGCUCAAGGAUGGCUCCAAGAGUGAUCGUGCUUUCAACCCUAUACGGGAUGGAGAGAAUGUCGUGAAAAAAGAGAAGCUAGGCGAGAGCGUGGAGAAAUUUGUGAAGAAUGUACGCAAUAUAGUUCACAAACAUAGUGAGUACAUAGGAAUAUCCUUAGACAACACCAGCCAGCACCGAGACUAACCUUUUAGGACUCCUCCAUCCCGAUCCCAAUUCCACGGCACCGAUGUUUGUAAAGUCUCGGGAUGUCUUGGCAGAUCAUUCGGUUUUCAGGAUUCACAAUUCAGGGAGACUAGUUUCGAGAUUCAUGCAAUCACUGCUAUGCUGAGCGUACAAAGGAGCAAAGGUGGGCUCGGCUAUUUUAAGGGGUUCGGAGAAUUUGGGUCACGAAAUCAUGAUUGAAAAUGAGAAUGAAAUAACGAAACGAUAAUACAUAAAUCUUGGCACGUACCAUAUGGUCUACACAAA